CUUAAUUUCAAAAGUCAAUGAAUUACUAUUUAAUUCUUAUUAUUAUUUUUAUUAAAAAAAAAAGACUUGGGGCUUAAACAACUUAUUCUUUCUGAUUCCCUGCGUUUACUUUCUUCAGACAAGCUUAAUCCUAAACUUUAAGAUCUUCAGAAUUGCAAACAUGGGAAGAGGAAGAGAAAAUAAAGGAAAAACACACAAAUUAUCGAAGGUAUCAUCUGCUUUGCUUCGCGAGGACAUUGUCAAUCUUCUUGAUUUCGUAGAGAGGUUAAAGAAUGAAGAAGAUCAAAUUGUUCCUGAUACGGAUCAAAUUGAAAAGCUGAAAUUGGAGCUGACAUUUUUGUCGGCAUGUUUACAGCUUUGUUAUUACAUUUCGGAUGGUUCUAAUGCCGAAAUGUCUUGCAUAUCAUACGAGGUUCAUGAUCUGGUUCAAUCACUUUUUCAUCAGAGUGGAGAUGACAUGCUGGUUAAAUUAACAGAUCAUGUCGUUCCUUGCCUCCUUGAAAAUAUCAAAAGUUCUGUCAUCUCAGAUGAUCAUUCUGAAUCAAGUGCCACCAUGACUGAGGCUCAGAUGGUUGAACUUCUGGACGCGCUCCUUGUGAAUCUCCAUUAUCUCCCCAAGGUUCGUGCUAAAUUGAUUUUGCCAUCGAUGACUCAAUAUGAGGUUCUUCAGAAUGUAUUUGGCAAAUUAAGAGAUUUCCUUGGGCUGAAAGUAAAUGGUUGCAUUGAGCAUAAGGCAAUUGAAUAUGUCUUACCACAGUUUCAACUUAUGGCUGAGAGAGUAGGACACUUCUGUUUUGUCCUCUUGUCUUAUCAACUUGAUAAGUCAGAUGAAACAGAUGAAGAUGAAACAGAUAAAAAACAUGAAUAUGAAGUCUCGCAAGUCAAUUCCAUGAUAAUCCAUCUACUUUUGAAGAUAAUUCCAGUUUCACUGGAGGUUAUGCACAUAUGUUCUACAAUAUUGGAAGCUUCAAAGUCAGCAGAAGUUGGAUGCUAUAUUAAGAAGCUCCUAGAAGCAUCUGCAGACAUUCAUAGAGAACAUCUGAUUCACCUACAACAGCACAUGGUUAAUGCUAUACCUCGUAGCACUUCAGCAUCCAACAUUCAUGUCGCGAUAGAGUUCCUAUUGCUUUUUCUUACAGAUAUGCCAAAGGACUUUAUUCAAUAUGAAAAAUUAUUUGUUCUAUUGGCACAUGUUGAAGCACUUAUUAGGGAGGUGUCCAUUCUCAUUCGCAACUUAGAAGAGAACUCAACGGAUGAAGAGAAUGUGAACAAAAAAUGUUGUGCAAGUCAAGACUUUCUGGAAAAUAUUGAACUUCUGAAGGAUGAUCUCAGACAUGUUUUCUUGAAAGCCCCUGCAGACUCAUCUCAGCUCUGCUUCCCCAUGAGUGAUGGACCUCUCUUCAUGACUCUUCUACUCAGAAACUUAAAUGACUUUCUCAAAUCGAAUGCUUAUUCAGUUGCUUUGAUAAGAGAAGAAAUCAGUCGGGUGAAAGAAGACCUAGAACACAUAAGAUCGUUCUUUGGGAAUGUGGAGCAAGAAUUGCAUAGAGAUCUUUGGACUCGUGUUCUAGAUGUGGCAUAUGAGGCGGAACAUGCCAUUAACUCAAUUCUUGCCAGAGAUCGUGGUCUCUUGCAGCUUAUCGUCUUACUUCCUGAUACCGUAGAAAAGAUCAAGCUUGUCAAAAAAGAGGUACAAGAGAAGAUCUCCAAGACCGCGAGUAUCAUUUUUGCAAACUCUCCCAACAAGCCUGUUAAAAACAAGUCAUCAACAACUAGUAAAAUAAUUGUAGGUUUUGAGGAGGAGACAGAGUGGAUAAUUAGGAAGCUCACUGGCGGACCAUCUGAGGUAGAUGUCAUUUCCAUAGUCGGCUUGCCAGGGCUUGGAAAAACUACUUUGGCUUACAGAGUAUAUAAUGAUAAGUCUGUUGUUGAUCAUUUCGAUGUUCGUGCUUGGUGCACAAUCGACCAGGAGCAUAAUGAGAAAAAAUUGUUGAAGAGAAUUUUCAAUGAAGUUAUUGGUUUGAAAGAAAGAGUCAGUGAGGACGGCAUAGACAACAACGUUGCUGAUGAUCUACGGAAACAACUGUUUGGAAAGAGGUACCUGAUUGUAUUGGAUGACUUGUGGGAUACUGCAACAUGGGAUGAGCUAACAAGACCAUUAUACGCCAUUCCAUCUGAAUUUCAGAAAGGAAGCAGAGUUAUUUUAACAAGUCGAAAAAAGGAAGUGGCUAAGCAUGCAAAAUGCUGCAGUGAUCCUCUUGAUCUUCGAUUGCUAAGACCAGAAGAAAGUUGGGAGUUAUUAGAGAAAAGGGUGUUCGGAGAAGAACGUUGCCCUGAUGAACUUAAAGAUGUUGGAGAGAAAAUAGCCGAAAAGUGUUAUGGGCUUCCUUUGGUGCUUGAUUUGAUCAGCGGAAUCAUUUCAAGGAAGGAAAAGAAAGAGGCUUUGUGGCUUGAAGUUCUCAAUAAUUUGAGUUCCUUUAUUUUUAAGGAUGAAGAGGAAGUGAUGAAGGUUAUACAAUUAAGUUAUGACCAAUUGUCGAAUCACCUAAAGCCAUGCCUGAUUUACCUUGCAAGCUAUCCAAAGGACGAAUACAUUGCAAUAUCUGAUUUGGAAUAUUUGUGGAGUGCCGAAGGACUGAUGGAACAGUCUGAGGUGAAGGUUUAUGUGGAUGAGUUAAUUAGCAGUAGUUUGGUAGUAGUUUCCAAUGAGAGAGGUGAAUACCCACAUUGCCAAAUUCAUGAUCUUGUGCAUGAUUUUUUUUUUGAGAAAAGCAGAAAGGAAAAACUGUUUGACUUGAUAAGUCCAAGUGCUCCGUCAUCGUCUUCUUCAGAUCUGAUGCCACGUGGAAUGACUGUUCAUUAUGAUCAACUCUUCCCUCAUUCGGAUGUAAACUUUUUCUUGCUCAAUGCGGAAAGAGAAAAUCCUUAUGCCAAACGCCUCCUGUCUUUGACGGCAUACACAAACGUUCCUAAUGGACUUUAUCUUUCCUACAAGUGUCACCUAAGACACUUGAGGCUUCUUAAGAGGUUGGAGCUGUCGGAUAUAAUUUUGCCAUAUUCUUUGCUGAAUGAAAUAGGCAUGCUUGUUCAUUUGAAGUGCUUAAACAUUAUGACAGAGGCAGAAUUUCUCCCUCCGUCAUUUUCUAACCUAUGUAAUCUAGAAACUCUCGUGGUGGAUAACCACGGAUCAUGCAUGGUACUGUCACCUGUUAUUUGGAGUCUUACUAAGCUACGAGAUGUGCGCAUGAAGUGUUGUUCUCUUUUUGAUCCGUACAUUAAAGAACCAACGGUGUUAGAUGAGGACUCAAAGCAAGAGAAUUUGACAAUAUUAUAUCAUCUCCACCUUCGCGGUUUAAAAGACACGGAGGAUAUUUUCAACAGGUUUCCUAAGCUUCAAAUCCUUAAAUUCAAGAUCAAACAACUAUCGGAUUGUUCAGCAGAGAAGAUUUGUUUUCCAAGAUUAGAUGUCCUUAAUGAACUCAAAAAACUUACUCUACGUGUUUCUUGGGAUUCAUUCAGUGAAUAUACACAUGGUUUCCCUUUGAGCUUGAAGAAAAUGGAGUUAGCAUGGCUCACUCUGACAUCCGAUUCACUCUCAAGAAUGGCAAGAUUACCCAACCUUCAAAAGCUGUGUCUAGAACACUGUAUCAUCCAGGAAGGGAAAGAAUGGAACAUGGAAGAACUCACCUUCCAGAAUCUCAGAUCUCUAAAAUUGUAUGGUUUAUCUUUUUCUGAAUGGCAAGUUAUUGCAGAUGAAUCAUUUCCCGUGCUAGAGGUUUUAAAAUUAGAUGAUUGUACUGAGCUCAUAGAGAUCCCAGAUAGUUUUGGAGAUAUAGCUUCGUUAAAGUUUAUCUCAGUGUGGGGAAGCCCUCAGCUCGAAGAGUCGGUCUUCAAGAUUAAGGAAUAUGUUGAACAAACGACGGGAGAAGACAAGCUUGAGGUAUUCUACUACAGAUGAUUUUAAUUUGCGGCAAAAUGGAGUCAUCUCAGGUCCUAGUCUCCAGGCAAAUCACUUGAGCUCAUGUGAAGGUUGGCAGAUGAUUUACUUUUAUCCAGCACAUCUACCUGUUGAAGCUUCAAAAUUUUGGAUCUAUCCUCACACGUUUGUGCCUUCUUCAAGUUGUUUCAGUUCAUUUCCCUUGUGAUUAUCCCAUCUGAUCUUCUGUUUAGCAGAUGUUUAUUUUUUAAAUACCAAUUGAUGCAUGAUCGAAUUGGAAUUUUGAUCAUCGAUGGAAUGUUUUUUGUGCUUUCAUUUACACUUUAUUUGAUGGAUUGUUUUUUGUGCUUUGGUUAUCACUUUA